ACUGCAUCUGACAACUUUGCAACACCAGCUCUGUAACCGUUUUAACCAUCACAACAUCACAAUGAGCGCCGCUGUAAAGCUAGCGACCCGACCGCUAGGCAAGAACGGGCCCCUCGUACCGAGCAUAGGGCUCGGCCUAAUGAGCUUGAGCAGCGCGCACGGCAUGCCCAAGCCCGAUGCCGAGCGUCUUGUGUUCCUCGACAAGGCGUACGAGAUAGGGGAGACCUUCUGGGACACGGGCGCGUUAUACGUGGAUCUAUACUACCUAUACCGGCUCGACAAGGUGACGCCGGUCGAGAAGACCAUGGCGGCGCUAGCCAAGCUCAAGCGGAUAGAGUAUAGCGCCUUUAGCCUAGAUAUCGAGGCGCCCGAGCAUACGCUGCUAUUAACGUACCGCGAGCUGGGCAUCGCCGUAGUAGCCUAUAGCCCGCUAGGCAAGGGCAUGCUAGGUAGCGCCAUCCGCUCCGUAUCGGACGUAUCUAAGCCGGGCAAUAUACGCACCGCCUUUGCGCCCCGCUUCUCGCCACAAAACCUCGAGGCCAACCUAGCGCUAGUCAACAAGCUGGCCGAGAUUGCCAGCUAUAAGGGCCUGCUAGCCUACGGCGACGAUAUCUUCCCGAUCCCCGGCAUGCGGAAUCCUAAGAGGCUAGCCGAGAACCUCGGCGCCCUAUAG